UCACAUGAUCGUGACGCUGUCGCACUGCGAAUCGUGCGAGGUCCGACCAGCAUAAAACCCAACAUACAUUCGCAUGAAACCUAGCAGAGCACAGUUUACCUCCCUGUCUACUCUUGAAUGGCAUGCGGCAUGACUGAGAAUAUUUGCCAGUGCAGCGGUUGCCAAUGCCAGAUGUGCUCGAGAUUGCAGAUCGCAAUCUUGAUCGACGCGAGUAUUUCUCUCUUUGCCUCCGCCACCGCCACGAUCCUCUCGCGGGCGCGAAGAGCGACACUCACGCCCUUCCGUGAAACGGCCAGUCUACGGGUCAGGCACUUUUUUUCGCCUCUUGUUCAUCUCUGCUUACUAACGUCACUACUAGGGCUUAUCGCAAACACCAUAACUAAAGGUCCGGAUACGCCGCUCGCACACGUUCCCCAGUCAUGUCACAAAAUCAGGAGGUCAAGGGAGGGGCGUCGCUGUCGUUCGUUCCAACGCCCAGUACUCUCCGCGACAACCCGUACUUACCACCCCAGGAUGGCCGCUGCCUGAUCAACGACCUUCCAACCGAGCUGCUCUCCCAGAUAUUCCUCAUGGGCGCAGAAAUGGAUGAUCCGACCAGCGAGGACGAGGACGAGGACGAGGAUUAUGACAGUGAUGACGAGGACAAGAGUGAUGAUGAAGACGAGGAGGACAAGGAUGGCGAGGACGAGGACGAGAAGCCGUCUUUCGAGGUGACCGGCUCACACGUCUGCAAGCUCUGGCGCGACGUCGCAAUCAACACGCCGGCUCUCUGGAGCUCACUCAACUUCUCAGAGGGCCCGCCGUACACAAAGUCCGCGGUCUACCUCGAGCGAUCCAAGGGUUCGCCAUUGGACCUCACUAUCGACGUCACGAAAGACGAAGACUCGGAUGACGAGACCGACCCCAACAACCCCGUCCCAGCACUGGCAGAGCUGAUGGUCUGCUCAGACGAGCUCGAGGCGAUACUGAAGCUCAUCAUCCCGCACGUCUGGCACUGGCGUUUGCUCGAGCUCAUGGUCUCGGAUUACGUCCUCAUGCACUCCGCGCUCACCCAGAUGGCGGCGUGCCCCAGCGCACCAAUGCUCGAGGUGCUGGAGCUCUACCAUUAUGAGGAAGACGAGGAAGGUGAGGAGAUGUUCGCGCCCGCCAAGUUCAAAGAGCAGAACUUCGUCCUGUUCAACGGCAACGCGCCCAGGCUCACGCACGUCGCGCUCUGGGGCGUCCACCUCGACUGGGCCGCAUCUACGUUCCUCAGCGGGCUGACUGAGCUCGAGCUCGCGUACCACGCGAAGGACGUCCGACCACCGUUCAAGGAUGUCGCGCGGAUCCUGCGCGACUCGCCCGAGAUGGGGACCCUCACAAUAUGCCAGUCCGGGCCUACUGGUGGUCCGGCUGAGUGGCUCGAAAGCAUGAUGGACCCUAACGCGAUGCAGACCGACUCCUCCGAGCCCCAGCCAGAUACGACAAUAUCCCUGCCCUCGCUCAAGAACCUUGUCAUCGCCUUCCUCGAGCCGGAAUACGCAAAAAACCUCGUCGAGCGCCUCGUGCUCCCCAAUCUCAAGUCGCUCGCCAUCGACCUCGAAGAAGACGACGGGACGCCUCUCCUGCAGACACUCACGCGGCCAUCGUCCACCACUGGGAAGUCCGUACUCAGCGGGCUGCAAGCGCUCAAGGUCGCGGGCGUGCAGUGCCAGGAAGGCACGGUGAUCGUGGACAUGUACGCUGCGCUGACAAACCUGGUCCAGCUCAAUCUAAACUUCGGCUUCGUCUCGGAUAAGUGGUUCGACGUGCUCGUUGCGCAGUGGGAGAGCGUCGCGGGUUCGGGCAAGGACCCGCUCCUGCCGAGGCUCGAGACGCUCACGACGUCGGGGCUUUCGGGCAAGGACGUGCGCAAGCUGAUCGAGGCGCGCAAGGCGAUGAACAGGCCGGUCAAGACGGUGUUCAUGAACCAGAUGGACGAGCUCGAGGAGGAGGACGAGCAGUGGAUCAAGGACAAUGUGGACGAGUUUGACUACUUUGAGGGGUCGGACGAGGAGGACAUCCUCGAGAUCGUUGCGGAGGGCGAGGAAGUCGAGAACGACCAGGAUGAGGACGAAUGGGAAGACAUGCAAUAAACGGUGGGCAGCUGGUGGGGGCCGCCCAAUGGCCAGCUCUCAGACAGUCUUCAUGCUUAGCCUCUAGCUGCAGGAGGCAAGACCGAAUCAUGAAGACAAACACAUCGCGUAGAGGUGGAGUUGCCUAAUGCUGGU